CUACUAUAUAACAAAUAAUUUGAGCAAUAAGAAUGGUUAAAAAUGUCAAGCAGAAAGAUCUUCGGCAGAUGUUUCCAGCUAAAGUUAGUAAAUUGAACAAGUCCCAAGAUGUAGAAACUGACAUAAAAGUAUCUCUGAACGUUGUUGAUGGGAUACCCUCAUCUUCAACAGAUAUUGUAGCAGAGGCUCAAGAAGGACCAGCAAGUAAGCGUUUAAAAACAGAAAACUACAAUGGGGACUCAAAUAAGAAUCUCAAAAAGAAAAGCCUUGCAUCUAAGCCUUUGAAAUGUGAUGUCUGCAAACAACUGCUGGAUUCUGAAUCGUUGAAGAUGUUCGGAGGUGAUGAUGCUGAUGCUGUAGAGGAGUUCAUUGCAUUGGCUUCAGAGUCCUUGUCCCUGUUUGACGCUGACAGUAAUGGUGACAGUGAGUGGAACGAAAAACCGCAGCAUCGUAUCACUGACUUUACUGUGUAUGAUGAAUAUGGUCACUUGUGCCCCUUUGACACUGGAUUGAUAGACCAGAAUGUACAUCUCUACUUUAGUGGUUAUGUUAAACCUAUCUACGACGAUUCCCCAAGUCUUCAAGGUGGAGUGCGGGGUUCCAGACUGGGUCCCAUUGAUUCCUGGUACAUAGCUGGGUUUGAUGGAGGGGAGAAAGAACUAAUAGGCUUCACCACAGCAUAUGCAGACUAUCUGUUAUCCCAACCCAGUGAACAGUAUGCCCUUUUAUUCGACAUGUUACGUGAGAAAACCUAUCUUAGCAAAACAGUAAUCGAGAUAUUGGAGGAGGAUUCAGAUAUGACGAUGGAGGAUCUGAUCAACUGUGUUCAGCUAGUAGUGCCCCCCGAGAACUGCGCUAAGUUCUCCGAGGAAACUCUUCUGAAGCACGCUCAGUUUCUAAUUGAGCAGAUCGAGAGCUAUGAUAGAGCUGCUGACGAUGAUGAGGACCUACUGAUCACAGUGCCCGCAGUGAGAGGGCUUAUCCAGCUGGCUGGAGUUACUCUGGGCGGGACACAGCCAGCUAACUCUCAUAGAGCUCUCGUUAAUGUUAAACUUAAGGUUGCUGGUAAAACUAAAAGUACGGACAUAUCGCACGCCACUGUCACGCCCCUCGUACAAUCUUCCUUCGAGGCCAUUUUCGUGGAUCAAAUGCAAGCAACUUCACGGCAGACACGGUGUAAUGAAUGUGAGGUAUGCAAGACGCCGGAUUGUGGAGAAUGCAACAUGUGCAAGGAUAAGAUAAAGUUUGGAGGAUCGGGCAAAAAGAAGCAAGCCUGUAUGGAACGAAAGUGUCCAAACAUUGCGGUGAUGAGGGCCGAGGAGAACUCCGAGGAUAAAACGGAUAACUUAGACCCGAGCAACAAAGUGGCCCAGUUAAAGGCAGAUAAGAAAGUGUCUAGUAGCAUCGAAGGAAAGUUUACUGGAAACAUUACAUGCAAAGAAGGAAAGAAAGUGUUUUAUAAGUCAGCAGUGGUUGAAAAUGAAGCAUUAUCCCUGGGUGACUACGUUUCAAUAGCUCCAGAAACCCCCGAUAUCCCAUCUUAUAUUGGCAGGAUCACCACUAUGUUUACUAAGGGCGGUGAAAACCUUCUACACGUUCACUGGUUAAAUCGUGCUGGAGACACAGUACUUGGUGAAGCACAUGACGAGUACGAACUGUUUCUAUCGGACUCGUGUGAUGACGCUCCUUUGGGCUCUGUCCUCAGUAAAGUUACUGUAAACUACUGCCCUCCUCCUCCUAACUGGAACAUGAUAGGUGGCAUGCCAGUUCCUGAGAAGAAAGAUACAGCUUUAUUCUUUAAGCUCUGGUAUGACAGUGACAAAGCAAGGUUUGAGUGUCCAUUAAGGGAGUAUCUGGAGUGGGAGGAGGAGGAGGGGUGUUGUCCGGCCUGUACCAGGAGGAGGGAGAGAGAAAGGGCGGCUAUUCCUUUCUUAGAAAAAGAGAGAGGUGUACUAAAAUACAAGAACAUUGAGUAUAGUGUGGGGGACUAUGUGUACGUUAGAUCAGACGCUUACUCAAUGCCAUCCAGAGGAAAAAGCAAUAUCACAAAAAUACGAAAAGACAAAGUUGAUGACGAAAUGUUUCCAGAAUACUACAGAAAGACUGACUACAUCAAGGGAAAUAACGACCUGGUACCAGAACUCUUCAGAAUAGGCCGCAUCGUCAGCUUCUCCACCAAACAAGAGGGACUUGAUGGAUCUUCUGUUAAGGUGACUGUUAAGAAGAUGUACCGUGCAGAGAACCUAGUGGGUAACCAUGGUAACAUAGAGAACUUCUGCUCGGAGGCAGCGGACAUCAACCUCCUCUUCUACAGUCUAGAUCAGGUUAAAAUACGCGCUGAAAAGAUAUUAGGUAAGUGCACAGUGCGACACAGGGAGGAUAUUGAAGAUCUGGGCAGGUACACAACUCUCCCCGACCAUUUCUACUUCUCAGAGUGCUGGGAUUCAGAUACUAAAAGUCUGGAGGAUAUCCCCUCUGAGGCUAGGUGUAGUAACAAAGGGAAAAAGAAGCGUGUAGACCUGGAGACGAAGGAACCUUCCUUUAGGAAACUGAGAACUCUGGACGUGUUUGCGGGGUGCGGGGGUUUAUCAGAGGGGUUCCAUCAGGCUGGUGUAGCAGAAUCUUGCUGGGCUAUUGAGUUCUUCAGCGAGGCUGCCCAGGCGUACAAGCUGAACAACCCUAAAGCUGAGGUUUUCAAUGAGGAUUGUAACGCGGUGUUGAGGAUGGCAAUAGAUGGGGUCCCCACUAACAAGCUGGGUCAGCAGAUACCACAGAAGGGAGAAGUGGAACUCUUAUGUGGGGGUCCACCCUGUCAGGGCUUCAGUGGGAUGAACAGAUUUAACGCGCGGGAAUACAGCAUGUUUAAAAACAGCCUUAUUUCCUCCUACCUCAGCUAUUGUGAGUUUUACAGGCCACGCUACUUUCUGCUUGAAAACGUGCGCAACUUCGUGUCUUACAAGAAGAACAUGGUGCUGAAACUUUGCUUAUCUUCACUCGUAAAUAUGGGGUACCAGUGCACGUUUGGCGUGCUACAGGCAGGAUGUUACGGGGUGGCACAGACUCGUCGCAGAGCUUUUGUUCUAGCUGCUGCUCCUGGAGAAGUACUCCCACAAUUUCCUGAGCCUAGGCAUGCAUUCAGUCCUAAGGGUAUGUCACUGUCUGUAACAAUAGAUAACAGACAAUACAGUAGUCACAUUACACGCUACGACAGCGCUCCUCUUAGGAAUAUUACGGUACGGGACAUCAUGUCCGACCUGCCUGUAAUCCCCAACGGAGCCAACAAGAGAGAGCUGGGUUACGACACUGAACCUAACUCGUGGUUCCAGCGCCACAUUCGCCACAACGCACAGGUACUGACUGAUCACAUAUGUAAGGAGAUGAACCCCCUGGUGGCGUUAAGAAUGCGACACAUCCCCCUUACUCCAGGAAGCGACUGGAGGGAUCUACCUAACGUGAGUGUUACGCUACCAGACGGUAAGAAGACUCCUAAACUGGUCUACACUCACAACGACCUCAAGAACGGGCCCAUGAAGGGGGUCUGCAGCUGUGCUGAGGGUAAGAAGUGCUCCCCCAUGGAUAAGCAGACGUGCACCCUGAUACCGUGGUGUUUACCCCACACUGGUAACCGGCACAACAACUGGGCAGGGCUCUACGGCAGGGUCUUCUGGGACGGCUACUUCUCAACCACUAUCACUAAUCCUGAACCCAUGGGCAAGCAAGGACGAGUAUUGCACCCGGAGCAGCAUCGUGUAGUGUCUGUGAGGGAGUGUGCCCGCUCACAGGGCUUCCCUGAUACUUACAAGUUCUACGGCAACCUCACCGACAAACACCGACAGAUUGGUAACGCAGUCCCUCCGCCCUUGUCCAGAGCUAUUGGUGACGAAAUAGCAAUAUCUCUCAAAGCAGUUUCACAGUUAAGAGAAACUGAAGAUUAAAUUAAACUAUUUAUAAUUAUAAUUAUUUGACGAACUUGCUGACGAGCUCCACAAGAUCUUGUGAGACAGUUUUAAUUUAUAUAGUGAAAUUAGGAUUUUAAUUGAAAUAAUACUGCAGUUUCAUUUCUUUAUAUCUAUUUUUAAUUUUUAAUUUAUUUCGUAUAAUUUAUUACCAUUAUGAUUAUAUACUUUGCCUUUACAGGUUUAGGUUCUUUGAUGUCAAAUGUACUUGAAAUAUUUAAUGGGUUCAAGUUUAUUUUUAAUAUUCAAUAGGUUCAAGUAAACUUGUAAUAUUUAACAGGUUUUAAAUGGCUCAAAACAAUAUCCAUGUUGACUUUAAAAUAACAAAGAAGUCUGAUCAUUAAUUUAACUUUAAUUAAGCCUAUAUUACCACUUGAUUAUACUCUACUAGUAGUAGUAGUACUAAUGAAGUUUAUCUAUUCUUAGUAGAGAACCACUUUUCUUACUUAAUAUCCGGUUUAGUGUCUGAAUGAAUAUAAAAUUUGCUAUUGUCGAUUUUCUGCUUCUCAAUUCUGGUGAUUUAA